AUGGAGGACAGGGUGUGGACUCUGUAUCUUGUCAUUUUGACACUGGGAUGGGCUGAGGCUCAGAGUCAGUCCAACUUCACCAGGCCGGUCUUCCACUGUGGAGGCCAUCUGGUUGUAGACUCAGGCAUUGUGGCCAGUGAAGGCUUCCCCAGUCACUACAAACCUAACAGUAAAUGCAUCUGGUACAUCACUGUCCCAGAGGGUCAUGUAGUCAUGCUGUCUUUCCGCCUCUUCGACAUGGAGGCUGACCCCACCUGUCGCUAUGACUACCUGGACGUCUACAAUGGUCACACCCGCUUGGUACAGAAGCUUGGCCGUUUCUGUGGGACGUUCCGGCCCGGAGCCCUGAUCUCCACCUCCAACACUAUGAUGUUAGAGAUGGUGUCAGACGACGCCACAGGAGGAAGAGGCUUUCUGGCUUCCUUUAAUGCUGGCAAGCCACAUGUGGAAGAGAAUCAGUUCUGUGGAGGACGGCUAACCAAAUCACAGGGCUCUGUCAAGACGCCCAACUGGCCUAACUCUGAUUAUCCAGCAGGCAUCAGCUGCUCCUGGCACAUCUCCGUAGAGCCAAGCAAUGUGAUCGAGGUGAAGUUUCAGAAGCUGGAUUUGGAACCUGACACAUACUGUCGCUAUGACUAUGUGGCAUUGUUUAACGGGGGAGAGACUGAUGACUCAAGGAGGAUUGGGAAAUUCUGUGGAGACCGGUCACCAGGAACCAUAGUGACCAAUGGGAAUGAGCUCCUUGUCCAGUUUGUCUCUGACCUCAGCGUGACCUCAGAUGGCUUCAUGGCCUUCUACUCAAGUGUGCCCCGUGGGUCUCGGACACCCACCGCUGGAGGAGACUUCAUCUACGGACCUCAGACUACCUCUGAGCCACAAAAAACAACCACAAAGCCAAGCAGACCUACCCCCAAACCUAGGCCUGGUAUCUUGCCUAAACCCACCCCAAAACCACCCAAAAAACCACUGGUAGUGAAGAUACCUAUCAAACCUCCACCACGCAGACCUACCACCAAGCCUGCAGUCAGGCCUACACCUAAACCCAAACCAGCUAAACCCACACCUAAAGCACCUGUGAAAAAGCCUACACCUAAACCCGGAGUUAGACCUACACCCAAACCCAAACCUACACCCAAACCCAAACCCACACCCAAAUCCAAGUUUAUUAAGCCAACGAUCAAACCAAGCAUCAAGGCUAAACCCACACGGAAACCUGUACUGAAGACAAAACCGACCAUAAAACCUAGUGUCAAACCAAAGCCAACACCUAAGAGUGGAAUUAAACCAACAGUCAAGCCUAAGAUCAAACCUAAAGCGACACCUAAGCCUGCAGUGAAGAAGACAGUGACAAAAAAGCCAGUUGUGAGUAAGAAACCUUUACCACUGAACCCACUGUGUACACAAGCCUGUAAGAGGCCAGGAACUCUGCAGUCCAGCUUCUGCCCUCAUGACUUUGUGAUCACGGGUAGGCUUACAUCUUUGACGCCUGGUCCAAGGGGGUCAGCGACAGUCGAGGUGUCCGUCAUCAAGGCCUAUAAGACAGGACGACUGAAUAUCACCAAAUCAGGACCCGUCAUGACGGUCACACUGACCUCCACCUGCAAGAAAUGCCCCGGGCUACUCAAAGGCCGGAACUACGUGUUGAUGGGAAAAGUCGACGCACAGGGCAACGGCCUCCUCAGCCCCUCCAGCUUCACUCUCCUCUAUAAGCCCAUCCACGCCAAAGCACUCGCCAACCUGUCACGCAAACAAUGCUGA